AUGUCGGAGUUCGGUCGAUGUCUCGAGGAUAAUGGUUUGUCAGACUUGUCGAGUCGAGGAGCCUUUUAUACGUGGAAGAAUAACCAACCCAAUGAUCCAGUGUUGAGGAAGUUAGACAGGGUUUUGAAUAGUAAGAAAUCUUUCAAAUAUUUCUCCUUCCUGUCCACUCAUCCAAGUUUCAAGGAGGUGAUCGAUGCAGCUUGGUCUGAGGAAAUUGGGGUAGGCUCCGCUCUAUUUAUUUUGGCUCAGAGAUUGAAGGUAGUUAAAGCAGCUUGUAAACAGUUGAACAGGGUUGGUUUUAGCAAUAUACAACAGAGAACCAAAGAAGCCUUGGAUCACCUUGAGUCCAUUCAAGCUGAGUUACUGAGAUUGCCAUCAGAUACUCUUUUCAUAGAGGAGUUUGUAGCUCGACAGAAAUGGAACUUCUUUGCAGCUGCUCAGGAAUCUUUCUACAGACAGAAGUCUAGGGUGCGGUGGUUGGCUGAAGGGGAUGCUAACACAGCUUUCUUCUUCAAGUCAGUUAUUGCUAAUCAAGGUAGAAACUGCAUCAAGUUCUUAAGAGGGGAGGAUGGAGAUUUGAUUUUUAAUCUGGAUCAAAUUAAGGAUCUCCUUGUAUCAUACUAUCAGAGACUCCUAGGCUCUGAAAACGCGGAAGUGCAUCCCUUAUCCGUAAGUGGGAUUAGAGACCUGGUUUCCUUUAGGUGUUCUCCCGACUUGGCAGCUCAGUUGAUGACCAUUCCCUCGUUGGGUGAUAUAAGGCGUACUAUCGUCUCAAUGCCUAAGUCAAAAGCUCCGGGCCCUGAUGGUUUCCCUGUGGAGUUUANUUAA